AAAGCAGACUAGCCCGAUCCAGUGCCUCGUCUGACAACGCAGUCGGUCGGCGAUGGCUCAGGACAUGUGCCCGGAUUCUCGCUAUACAUAUUUAAUCUAGAUUUAGACUCGCCAUGAAGGUGUUUGGCGCUAUGCCGGUAGUGUGGAGUGCUUCGUCGAGCUCUCAGGCCACUUCCGGCAAUUCGUGGUGGUGGUUCUUCUCUCCUUGGUGCUCCGGUGAGUGGGAGCCGAAGAGGAAGGGGUGCUGACCACUACCUACAUCAUGAGUAAGUAUGUUUUCACCCUGGAUCUAGAGCUUUUGAUCUUUCCCCCACAACUCUCUUCAUGCCGCCGAGGUAGAGGAAGAGGAGGUGAGUGGAUGCCACAUCAGUCUCCAAUUAUGCUACCACUAAGAUUUUGAUCAUCGAGAUCAUCAACAGGCGUGCUUGGAGUGGAGUUAUGACAUAGAUCGUUUACAUGCCGGCCUCUGUCACUGGUUUACUUCUUCUGGUCAAAUUAAAGGGCGAACUUCUGGAGUUUGUUGGCUCCAUUCUUUCAUCCCGAUCUGUCAUUUCCAGAUGGGUGGCAAUCCAGUUCCAGACAAGCUUUUGCAAGCUUUGGUACGUGCUCCGGUGGAGAUGGCGAAGCGGAUCUGCCGCCCCCAAGUUGUUCAUCCUCGGUGGCAACCGCUCUGGUCUUCCGCGGGUACCGUUUACCUGGAUCGUAUUGCAUUUCUAGUUUUGUUCUGGGGUCCUCUAUGGAAGAUGCAAGUUAAAAAAUGUUCACUUAUAUUGUGCACAGAUCAUCCAUGUAAAACAGUUUUUGUAGCUAUCGAACAACACGUCCUAAAUCUAACAAAACUUACUUCUUGCAUAAACGCUUUACAUGAGAUUAAGCUAGUCCGCAUGGAUUGAUGACUAGGGUAUUAUGAAAGAAAUUUUUUAAUACUAUGUUGUUUAACAUAUUGUGUAGCAGUUACCGACUGCGUUUGCAUUUGUCGAGUAGGGUAGCAGUUACCAUGGCUCAGGACAUCCCUGCCGACAGAGUGAAGCAAACACGUCCUCCCCCUCUCUAUAUCUCUCUAUUUCAUACACUCGUUGUCAUGUAUUUGCAUUUGUCAGCUUUGUUGUACUCUUUACUUGGAGUGUUGGAUGUUGUGAUAAAUGAGGUUGGAACCACUCGCUAGUCUUCAGCGGCGAGGUUAGUACUCUCUCUUGUUCUCUUCUAUAUAAGGCACACAUCAUCUUAAUAACUCUAUUGUCUCCCACUACCUACCUCCCCCUCCUCUCUUGUCUCCCUUCAUCUCCCUUCCAUAUACCUUUUUUAACGGGGUUGGGUCCCCAAGGAGCCAGAGUCCAUUAGACAAGUGUAAAAAUACUUUUUACAAAAAUACCCUAUAUAAAGUAGAAAUUGCAGCCUAGUCCAAGCAGUUUACAGCAAGGACCCCAUAUCAUCAUGAUAGAUUGUAAUUAUACCCUGCCUAAAAGCAUCACCAAGAUCCAAGACCUCUAUCGCCCGGGGAUGAACUACUUGGGAUGGAGGCCUCGCCGCAGCAACUCAUCGUUCGUGGAUAGGUUUGCAGGCCCUUGAUGGACACUUGACUGCCUCCCUUAUGGCGUCAAGCCGGGAGGAAUAGCAGGAGCUGGUGCCGAAGUCGCUAGAAAUGCCUUCCUACCUUGGCCGUGGUCAUUUGUCAACGUCAUUUUCGUCGUCACGUAGUAUUAGCGGUCAAUAUCGAUAAUCCCGAGGCAACCGAUAGAUGUCUCAAAUUCUUGCCGCUCUUGUUCUAAAGCCUCCACAUACAUAGUAUGUAAUUUCACAAAAAAAAUAUACACAGAAAAUAUAUACAUACUAUGUAUAUAUAUAUAUAUGUGUGUGUCCGAUUUAAUAGUAUAGUGGUAACGUUCUUCUUGAGAACAGAAGGAACACGCGAUACAGCACAAAAAUGGCUCCUCGAGACCGCAGGACGACCCGAUCAAAAGAUUUCCUCCUGAGCUCCGGAACGGCGACCGUGGCGGUGAAGUCACCCGGCGCCGUCCCGGACACGCCGCCGGUCCCGUUCGCGUACGGGGGGCUGCUGUACCAGCAGAGCGGCGGGCGACGGAGGUGGCGCGAGUGCACCGUCGUGCUGGGCGCCGUGGCCAUGGUGGCGCUCUUCGUCACCCACGCGCUUCUCCCAAGGGCCAGCGUGUUGUCCGAGGAGACGCCCGGGGAGGCACGAGCGGAGCAGAACAUCAUGGUCUCCGCCGGCGCCGAUGCCGACGGGUUCCCGUGGAGCAACGAGAUGCUGCAGUGGCAGCGCACCGGGUUCCAUUUCCAGCCCGAGAAGAACUACAUGAACGAUCCCAACGCUCCCAUGUACUACCGUGGACGGUACCACUUCUUCUAUCAGUACAACCCCACGGGCGUCGUCUGGGGCAACAUCACCUGGGGCCACGCCGUGUCGCGGGACCUGGUCCACUGGCGCCACCUUCCCCUCGCCAUGGUGCCCGACCAGUGGUACGACAUCCACGGCGUCUUGACGGGCUCCGCCACCAUACUCCCCAACGGCACGGUCAUCGUGCUCUACACGGGGAAAACCGACACCUCCGCUCAGGUCCAGUGCCUUGCCCUUCCCGCCGACCCAGCUGACCCUCUCCUUGUCAACUGGACCAAGCAUCCUGCCAACCCCGUCAUCCUCCCGCCCCCCGGCAUCGGCCUCCAAGACUUCCGCGACCCCACCACCGCCUGGUUUGACCAGUCUGACCUGACAUGGCGCACCCUCAUCGGCUCCAAGGACGACAACGGCCAUGCCGGCAUCGCCUUGAUGUACAAAACCAAAGACUUCAUCAGGUACGAGCUCAUCCCGGGGGUGCUCCACCGCGUCGAGGGCACUGGCAUGUGGGAGUGCGUCGACUUCUACCAGGUUGGCGGCGGCAACAACUCCUCUAAGGAGGCCCUGUACGUGUUGAAGGCGAGCAUGGACGAUGAACGGCAUGACUACUACGCGCUUGGGAGGUAUGAUGCGGCGACCAACACGUGGACACCACUGGACCCAAAGCUGGACGUGGGGAUCGGACUGAGGUAUGACUGGGGAAGGUUUUUCGCUGCCACGUCUUUCUACGACCCGGUGAAACGGCGGCGCGUGAUGUGGGCCUAUGUCGGCGAGACCGACUCCUUGAGUGCCAACGUUGCCAAGGGAUGGGCUUCGGUCCAGACGAUUCCGAGGACGGUAGAGUUGGAUGAGAAGACCCGGACGAACCUCCUCCAAUGGCCGGUGGAGGAGAUCGAGACCCUCCGCUUCAACAGCACCGACUUUGGCGUCAUCACUAUCCACACUGGAUCCAUUAUACCUCUUUGCCUCCGCCAAGCCACCCAGCUUGACAUCGAGGCCUCCUUUCGCCUAGACACUUCCGCUAGUGCCAUCAUCAACGAGGCUGACGUCAACUACAACUGCAGCACCAGCGGCGGAGCCUCAACCAUGGGUGUGCUUGGUCCCUUCGGCCUCCUCAUCCACGCUACUGGUAAUGGUGGCAGCGAACAACUCGCGGUUUACUUCUAUGUAUCGAGGGGCCGUGACGGGGCACUCCGAACCCACUUCUGCCAUGACGAGUUGUUGUCGUCUCGGGCGAAUGAUGUCAUGAAGCGGGUGGUGGGCAGCACAGUGCCGGUGCUCGACGGCGAGGCUCUAUCUGUGAGGGUGCUCGUGGACCAUUCGAUUGUGGAGAGUUUCGCAAUGGGCGGGAGGUUGACGGCCACGUCGCGGGUGUACCCGAUGGAAGCCAUCCACAUGGCAGCGGGGGUAUACCUUUUCAACAACGCCACCGGCUCCUCCAUCACCGUCGAGAAGCUUGUAGUUCAUGAGAUGGCCUCAGCAUCUUACAAACAGACUUUUGGGGCCGGCGACGCCUAGUAGCUUCAGUAAGCUAUAUACUAAUGUGGUAAUGGGGUUAGGAUCCUCUGCAGUAGUCCACCAUGCAGAAAGGUUACUGCUGUGUGGACCCGGCCCCACAUGUCAUCCGCACUACAGCACCAUACAAGACUGCAAUAAUAACGACGGCUAAUACCUGUA